CGGCCUGGAGAGUUCAUUCCCGCCACAAACUUCCUUAUAAACCACAAAUACAGGGACUCUGCUGUUACCAGUUUCCCACCUCUUGUGCCAUGGGUGGAAUAGUUGGAUUGGGGUGGUUUAUUCUCCUGAUAGCAGUUGGGAACAUAGAGGCACAAAAGAUGCCCCCUAUAAGUAUCAUCUCAAAAUGCCUGGGGAGCGUCAUGCGUGUGGACGUUGGUCCACUUGGAGGGAAUCUACUUGAAGUGUCUGCUGUCAUUAAUAACUCCGCAAUCCUUCUCACACCAAGUUUAGCUUCUCAGUGUGGCUUCAGGAUGAACAUGGACCAGCUGGGGAACGCCGUGAUUUAUGCUUCCCUUCAAAACUGCUUUGCUCAAAAUGUGGGCGAUGAAACGUUCACGACCAAAUUAAAUUUGCGACUGCACGGGAACCAGGUGGAUGAGGACGAGCUGUACGAGGUGGCUAAAACAUGCCACUAUACGGCCUGGGCCUCCAGGGAAAUUGUAUGUGACCGCGACUAUAUGGAGGUGUCUGUGAACAGGGCAGCUCCAGAUGAUUACGCCCUGCCUGAACAUCCCAUCCUAGGGGCUCAUUCAAAAUUUGGUGAUCCUCGACGAGCUGCUGAGAAGCAGCCCAUAGACGCAGGAUUCAGAAUCACAACCCUGGUGUUCUUCACCCCUGAGGAGAGGAUCAUGAAGGUGACCGAGGCCCAGCAACGCGGUUACGGCAUCUCAAACACCCCCACGAGGCUGGUUCUGCGAAGCCCAAAGACCUCACCUGAAACGUACACCCAGAAUGUAGCAGGGGUGCCCAUGACGGUGCUCAAAACCUCGACAAUAUUUGAAAAGAAGUGGCUGGUGACUCGAAUCGAUGCAGGAGCUGCGUGUCCAAGACUGGAGGGAAGUGUUUCCUUCACUCCAGACUCAAUCAGCUGGUUCCUGCCAAAGCACAUUGACCCGCUGAUCUCUGGCCAGUUCCAACUGUUAGAGGUGCACAUGGGCGUCGAUGGCAAGAGGCUCGACGCUGCUGAGAUGGCUGCCAGACAAUACUCACUGUCUGUAAAUGAUGUGUAUAUCGUUGUUGAAAUUCCAGUUGGGGCUGACGGUGGCCACUUCAAGAGUCAUGUUCAGGAUGGUCAGUACCUCACUACUUAUACGAUUGAGCCGAUGCUUGAGUUGCUCUGGACUGAAGACGCCACUCACGAGGACACAAGAUACAAAGUCCUCUUUCCUAUCACGACACCAUUAAUGUCUCAACCUCCGCAAGUUAUCGACAACACUGUUCCCAAGGAGCGGAUAUUUAAGGUGCUGCUCGGGCCUUUCGGCACUGAUGUGGCACUAAUGAACAUCACCCUCCCCUCUGAGGUUUUGUCAGUGGCGGACUGCAGUGUCAGAGGCUUUAAUGUCCUGGAACACAUGUCCCCUAACGGCAGCUCAAAGGUCUUUACACUUGAAGUGCCCUUCACGGACCAUGCUGUACUACAGAUGAGAGAUCAGGGGAUUACAGUCUACUCUCUACACCUGACCUUUGGCUUGCUGGUCCUACCAGAGUUUGCUCCAUUUUCUCUCAAUGCAUAUCUGGAGGCUAGAUUAGUAGACGUUGUUCCUCCCUCUGUCUCUGGUGGCUGUGAUUAUCAAAACUUCUACGUCCUGGUGAAGUAUGGAACCCACAACUUCCAGACCAUGGUUGGAAGACAGAUGUUGACCCCCAGGCUGGCUCAGGAGUACGGCCUCAUGGACAAUGGCACACACUUCAGUUUGACAGUACCAUUUUCUGCCUCCGACGUUGUGAUCGAGGCUGUUGAGUCAUCAUCCAUCAGGAGCAGGCUCGACGUGGCUCUGAGGAGUCCAGAAACCAACACAAAUAUCCAAGAAUUCUCUGUGGCUUGCAAUUUCAUCUCAACACUGACUGAAUGUUUCCCUAAUGGGACCAUGACGGCUCUGGCAAUGAAACUAGAGUCAGUUCCCAGUCUGAACCCCAGUCAGCUCACCCUCAAUGACCCCAGCUGUGGUCCCACCUACAGCAAUGACCACUACGCUUAUUUCGUUUUCACUGUGAACUCCUGUGGGACAACCAGAAAGUUUUUGCCAAACAUGAUGGUGUAUGAAAAUGAAAUCUCUCUGCCAGAUGAACUUAUAAUGAAAGGGGAAUCAAAGACGGAUGAGCCGGAGUAUGAGCUCAAGGUUUUUUGUUAUUAUGACAUCAACACAAACCACGCUGUGGCCUUCAACACCAGACCCCGCAGGAGUGAACCAUAUGCUGAAAAUGCAAGAGGGAAGCUGCAAGUUGCAAUAAGACUUGCUACGGACGACUCCUACAGCGCCUUUCACAGAGUGGAGGAUUAUCCAGUCGCACAGUACCUACAACAGCCGCUGUAUUUUGAGGUGGAGCUGAUGAAGUCUGCAAACCCUGACGUGUCCUUGGAGCUGAUGUACUGCUGGGCGACGCUGGACAGUGACAGGACGUCCCUACCCAAAUGGGACCUCAUUAUUGGCGGCUGUGCAAACCCAAGAGACCCACACCAGGUGAUCUUCCAUCCUGUUUGGCCUGAUGCCAGAGUUCAGUAUCCUUCGAACUUCAAGCGCUUUGAGGUCCCAAUGUUUGCCUUCGCCCAAGACAAAGACAACUUGAGUCACCAGGUGUAUGUCCACUGUGAUGUGGAGGUCUGUGAUGCCAGAAAUCCAGUGGGUGGAGCUUGUAAAGUGCAGUGUUCAAACCAGGAUGACAGAAUCAAAGGUCAAAAACGUGCUGUUUCAGAUGGUCACAUUUUCACACAAGUGUCAUCAGGACCCAUACUUAUAAACUAA